AUGGCCGUAAUUAAAAAAGACGGUUUCAAUGAAAACCUUUCGACCGAAAGCCUUAUUGAGAAACUAAGUAGUAGUGAUACUAAUAGCAAUAUAGAAACUAUAGACGAAUCGGAUGUAGCCAUUGCAAAUAAUGGAGAAAAGAAAGAAAAAGAAGAUGAUAUACACACUAAAAAGAAUGGUAUAAACUUAUUGAAAAUAGAAGAAAAUGUGGAUUUAACGGAUCCAGGACAAAAUGUUAAAUCGCAAGAGAUUGAACUUAAACCUAACGUUAAUGAGACAAGUUCUAAUAGAAAACUAAAUGGGAUGGUUGAUAACAAAAUCAAUGAUCAUGUAUUAUUAGAAAGUACAGAUGAACUAAUUAAUACGCAACCGAAAACCACUGAUAAAACUUUGUCUGCGGUUAAUAUUCCUUUUGAUAUUACCAAUAGUGAAAAAGAAAGUAUCUUGCUCCAUAAGGGUACUAAUGAAAAAAAUAGUCACUUAGAAACCGUUCAUUCUGAAACUGCGAAAAUAUGUGACGAUGAAGGUAAAAGUCAAAAUAUGAAGAAAACUGUCACUAAAUGUCAAGAUUCUGAGAAUGCUAUUGUAGAACCUGUAUCCAAUGUUUGUAAUGUCGAGAAUAAGGAAAAUAAUAUAAAAAACGAAAAAGAAAAAGAAGAUGGAAAUUUACCUAGGAUGGAUAUUAAAAAUAGUUCUGAAGUUCCCGAAAGCACAGAUUGUAACCAAUCUAGUCAAUUAGAAAAUAAAAAUAUACUUCCAGAAGAAAAAACAAAACUUUGUAUUGAAACUGAAUCAUCUGAUCAUAAGGAAAAUCUUGAAACAGAUGUAACACAAAUUGAUGAAAAGGUAUCAAAUGUAAACGAAACUACAAGUCUAGAAAAAAACAACCUUGAAAAAAGACAAGAAAUGAAAAAUCCCUAUAUAAGUAAAUUGUCAAAUACUUUAGAUAUUUUAUCAGAUGAUGAGGAUAUCGAAAACGAAGAUGAUGAUAUCACGUCAAAAGCCAGUGCAGCUGAGUCAAUAGUGGCCCUAAAUGAUAAUAAUGAUGCAGUAGCAAAAAGAGAAGAUACUGACCCUAAAGUGGAAAUGGCAAUUGAGAAUAUCCCAACGUCAGGAAAAGAUAUGUCCCCACCUCGUCCAAAUGGGGUUAAAGUUAUCGAGGAAAAUAUUGCUGUCGCUCCAAAACCUCUAUUGCCGCCAAAUUUUUUAGACACUUGCAAAAAGAAUUUUGCUGAAAUGACUCGCAAUGAACUAGAAGAACUUUUUAUUUUAAAAAUAGUAGAAGGUGUAGUUGAUAGAGGAAAUCUUGGUGAGAUAAAAUCGCAAUUAAAGAAAAUGACACUGUGCUUAGAAGAACAUAGGAAUAGAGUAAAAAUGCUUACGAAACAAAAUCAAGAUCUUCAAGUAGUGCUAAGAUCUGUACAAGAAGAGUUGCGAAAAAAUUCUCCAAUAACCCCUCUAAAAAUUACUAGAUCUGUUGGGAUUCAAGUAAUAAUGGCAGAAAAAUCUAAGAGGAAACCGCCUUUAUCUCAGUCAAAUAACCCAGCAUCCACUGGAGCAAAUAAACCACAAGUACGAUCUCCAGUGACACCAAGUAACCGACAACAGAAACAACCAAAUACUGCACAAAUACCAUACCCUAGAUUAGUUCCAGCUAAAAAUUCAACUAACACUACUGUGUCAAAUCAAAUUACUAAUGUUAAAGCAACGCCCCCUAGCCGACCGCCAAUAUUGAAACCUGAGAAAAGGCCUCUAAUAAAAGGUCAAGCUAGUUCAGACACCGUAGAUCUUACAGAUGAUGAACCACCUCUAAAAGUUUCAUCUAGACCUGUUAAUCAGGCAGUUAGAGUUGUACCACAACAGAACUUAAUGCCACCUGUACGUCCACAAGUAGGUAACAAUUCUAGAAAAGUAUAUAUACCUAUUGGUGAAGAGCAAACGGGUAAUAUUAGGCCAGGACCAGCAACAUACAUGAUUAAAACAGUGAAUACACAAAAUGUCAGGCCUAGAAAUCCACAAUUGCGGAAAUCGCAUCCACCCCCAUUACCGGAAAGUUCAAAACAAUACCAACCCCCAAAUUGGAAAGCAAUUCCACCAGCACCAGAAAUCACAUUAGCAAAAGUCGAAAAUGGAAUAGUAAUAUCUUGGAAAAUAGAUAAUUUCCGAGAAGAAUAUCACGAAAGUAUAGCCACCUAUCAGAUAUAUGCCUAUCAAGAAACACAAUAUCCGCCUAGUACUAAUUUAUGGAAAAUAAUUGGAAAUGUUAAAGCUUUGCCGUUACCAAUGGCUUGCACGCUAACCCAGUUUGUACCUGGAUUUAAAUACUAUUUCGCAGUCAGAGCAGUUGAUGUAAGAUCUCGACACGGAAGCUUUAGUACACCUGGCAACAUUUUGCUUUUGAAUAAAUAA